UGCGCCGCCGCGGCUGCGCGAACGAACCACCCCCCGCCCGGUGCGGCGCUGGGGUCGGCCCAGGACCGCGCAGGAGGAGCGGGGCCACUCGACAGUGCCCGGAGCCCGCGGGGAAAGCGCCGCUGCCUCGGCCUUCCCCCCGCAGCCGCGCGGCGUCUCCAGCCAGAGGGACCGGGCUGCCCGCGCCCGGGGCGGGAGGAAAAUGGCUCAAAUUACUGCACCAGCAUCAGCCAUCCAUGAUGAGGAAUCCUUGGAAAGCAGAAUGGUGGUUAAAUUCCUCCUGUCAGCGCUUGAGUCAAUGUCUAAAGAACUUGACAAGUCCAAGGCAGAAAUUGCGUGUAUUGGUGUAUAUGAAAAAAAUAUUUUUGUAGUUGGAACUGAGAGAGGAAAAGCCUUUGUCAACUCUAGGGAAGAUAUUCAGAAGGAUUUUGUUAAAUACUGUAUUGCAGAAGAGAACCAGGUUGCAGAACUGCAGAGCACAAAGACUACACCACCUGUAAACAGACAGGCAGUAGAUCUUGUCGAGGUGGAGACUCUCAGGAAGUCUGUGGAGGACUUUUUCUGCUUUUGCUAUGGUAAAGCUUUAGGAAACUCAGUGAUGGUACCUGUGCCAUAUGAAGACAUUCAGAGGGACCAGUCUGUUGUGAUAGUGCAGGGCCUGCCCGAAGGACUUGAAUUUAAGCAUCCAUCAAAUUAUGAUGUUUCCACCCUGAAAUGGAUUUUGGAAAACAAGUCGAAGAUCUCUUUUAGUAUCAACAGGCCUUUCCUAGAACCACAGAAACAUAUAGGAGCUGAUAUGCCAGAUCCUUCACAUUCAAUUGUAUCUCCAUGUGGAAGUUGUCCUCCUGUUAAAGUGAAAAUGGAACCAAGCAAGGAUUCUGAGACCAGCGAGGAUCUUGGAAUUUCUUCAAAAAUGUCAGCAGUAACAAUGAAGCAGGAAACAGAUAAUCAUAACUAYGAUCAAUUUAGUACUCCAGGUCCUUCUGAAACAUCAGAGAUGAUAGGUGAACAAAAUCCUCCUGGAAAAAGUUAUAUAGAUUCCUCCCAUCAUGACUCACCAGAAACAAGUGAGGAUUCUGAGGCUGAGUUARGUUGCGAAGAUGAUGACCCUAACUACAUGCCCCCUAACAAGAGAUCAAAGAGCACUACGUCUACUAAUGAAGCUGCCAGUACUGGUGAACAAGAAGCAGAGGACUUUAAUUUUGAUUCCUCCCAUCAUGACUCGUCAGAAACAAGUGGGAAACCAGAGGUUGAGGUCACUCUUGAAGAUGAUGAUGAUGGCUUCCUUCCCCCUCACAAAAGUCCAAAGAGCACCAAGUCAAUUAAGGAAGCUGCCAGUACUGGGGAACGAAAAACAGAGGAGUUAAAUUUUGAUUCCUCCCAUCACGAGUUAUCAGACAAAAGUGAGGAUUCUGAGAUUGAGGUCACUCUUGAAGAUGAUGAUGAUGAUGAUGACUUCCUUCCCCCUGAGGAGAGAGCAAGGAACACCAGGACGRCUGAUGAAGCUGCCAGUACUGGGGAAGAAAAUGCAAAAGAUUUCAAUUUUGACAAAUGGAAUUCGCGGAUUACAGGCUUGAGAAAGGCAGUUGAAGAGGUGUUUGAAAAAAAAUACGCUCAAGCUCUAAAAACAGAAGGUCCAGUGUCUGUCCCAUAYGCACUUUUCCAGUCACAUGCACGAGACUUAUGUGUGGAAGGGCUGCCAGAAGGAGUUCCCUUCAGGCGUCCAACCACGUACGGCAUUCCUCGACUGGAGAGGAUACUUCUAGUAAAAGASCGGAUCCGGUUUGUGAUUAAAAAGCCUGAACUUCUGAAUUUGGCAGAUGUUUCAGAGAACAAGACCACUUCAAAAGCACCGGCACGGGCAGCCGAUGUCCACAUGACGGGUGAGCGCUGCCGGCUGGCGAGGGAGCACAGCUCGGGGAGAAGUGCGGCUCCCACGGCCCCGGACUGCCGGACACGCGUCUCAAAUACAGGGAAAGAGGAGUGGUGUGCUAGAGUCACCAAACUGAGAAAGAUGGUAGAUCAACUUUUCUGUAAGAAGUUUGCCAAGGCCUUGGGGAGCACCGAGCCCAAAGCUGUUCCAUACAAGAAAUUUGAAGCUCAUCCAGCUGACCUCUAUGUUGAAGGGCUGCCAGAGAACAUCCCCUUUAAGAGUCCCUCCUGGUAUGGGAUCCCUUGCCUUGAACAAAUAAUUCAAGGGGCCAACAAAAUAAAAUUUGUGAUCAAAAGGCCUGAGCUGCUAACUMUCUCUUCAACUGAAGCUACUCAUCGCAGGUCAAACACCUCAGCGAGAGAAGAUUGGAAUGCCAAGAUCACAAAGCUAAGAAUGCAAGUAGAAGAUAUAUUUAGUUUAAAGUUYGCCCAAGCUCUGGGCCUUUCAGAGACUGUGAAAGUUCCCUAUUCUGUAUUUGAAUCAAACCCCAAGUCCUUGGUYGUUGAAGGCUUGCCAGAUGGAGUCCCCUUCCGGAGUCCUACAUGGUUUGGAAUUCCACGCCUUGAAAGAAUUGUCCGUUCGAGUAGCAAAAUCAAAUUUAUUAUAAAGAAGCCUGAGCUUCUCACUUCCUAUUUGCCUCUGAGACUGGCUAAUAAAAUAAAGAAGAAAGUAAUUAGUCCAAGGAUUUCCGAAGUGUCACAAAGUUCUGCAGACAAUUCAAAAAGUUCUGCAGACAAUUCACAAAGUUCUGCAGACAAUUCAAGUGUCCCGGAGAUUGAAGUUACUAUUGAUGACAGUCCUAGCAAAGCACAAACAACAGAUGCUCGAACUAAUUCUCACACCAMUUGCUCCAAUACAAAUUUGAGGCCACAAGGAAAAGAGUUUUCUUUUGAGUUGUGGAAUGCCAAAAUUUCUGAUUUAAGGCAGAAAGUUGAUAAUCUUUUUAAUGAAAAAUGUGGGGAAGUUCUGGGACUCAGUGAGCCAGUGCAGGUGCCAUAUGCACUGUUUGAAUCCUACCCGGAGGAUUUCUGUGUGGAAGGAUUACCUGAGGGGGUGCCGUUCCGCCCACCGUCAACUUUUGGGAUUCCAAGACUAGAGAAGAUCCUGAGAAAUAAAUCCAAAAUAAAAUUUAUUGUUAAAAAACCUGAGAUGCUUGAGGCAGCUGUCAAAGAAAAUGCUAAAAGCCCCCAAACAAAGAGCACAAAAAACACAGUAAWUAACAGAGCUGAAAAAGUUGAAGACUUAAACAUCAUUCAAGUAACUGUCCCAGAUGAUGAAAGUGAGCGACUGCCAAAAGUAGAAACAGCCAGACAAUUGAGAGAACAAGUAAAUGAYCUUUUUAGCCAGAAAUUUGGUGAGGCCACUGGUAUGGAUUUUCCUGURAAAGUUCCAUACAGAAAAAUCACUAACAACCCUGGCUGUGUGUUGGUGGAUGGAAUGCCUCCAGGUGUGGCAUUUAAAGCGCCCAGUUAUCUGGAAGUCAGCUCGAUGAAGAAAAUUUUGGAAUCGGCAAAGUUUAUCAAGUUUACUAUMAUUAGACCAUUUCCCGGACUUGUGAUUAACGAUCAGCUGGUGGAAAAAGCUGAAGCUGAAGCAGAAGCAGAAGCAACAGCACCAGCAGCAGCCCCAGUACUAGCAGAGCCAGCUGAGCCAAGCCAAAUAGAAGUAUCUCUAGGAGAUAAUACAGAAACAGAAGAAAAGUGUCAAAUAAAGCAUGAUCCAGACUUGACGUCAUAGACCUCAUCAGUACUGGUCAGAAGCAUCCGGUUCUGAGAAGAGCCUGCCGGACCUGUCUAGAGCUGUGUAAUAUAACUGUACAAGAGAAGUAUCUUCUAUACAAAUCCUUCUAUACUUUUAGAUAGAAAMGUCUACUUUUUCAGCAGUUCUAUAAAUUGACUUAAAGCAAAGAAUGACUGUAGAUUUGGAAUGGCUGCUUUUAAUUUGGAAUAUAUUUGAAGGACUAAAUUUGAUGCAGCAAUGCUGGGGAGAUGACAAGGAUUAAAAUCGACACGGACUUACCUGAGGCUGUCUGCAGUUUCCAAKAAAGUUAAAUUUCACUGUACCUGAACACAUCAUAGCUUUUGUAAGGAAGAAUUCCUGCGAAGAGUUCAGUUUGUUUACUUUGGAGAAGAAAACCCCCACAUUAAUUUUCAGCUAUUAUUUUAAUGGCUAAUUGGACAAUUGUAUCUGUAUUUGAACUAAUUUUUCCUAUUACACCUAUCACAAUUCUUAUGUUUUUCCUCAAUAACAGAUAAAUUGAUUCAUUUGAUGRUUAGUAUGCAGUGAUGAGAUGGACUGUGAAACGGUCGGUAUUCCAGUCUGUGGAUUAGGAACUUAUUGAAAUUAAACCACAUCAAACAUAACAGUUUGUUCUGUUAAUUCAAAGUAGUAAGUACAUAUUAUGUCAGAAUAUCACACAGUUUAUAUAUGAUGGGUUUGGUCUUGCAGUUCUUCUAUAAGCAAUAGUUGUGUGGAUUCAUGUAAGAACUUUUCUGCUGAAGUCUGUGGGCCAUGCUCUUCUGUUCACCUAGAACUGGUUAUGGAAACAUGCUAAAACCUGSUCUAAGUCUUACUAUGUCAAAAACUCARAAUGUUCUGUGRUUCUGUGAAUACARCAAUUAAAUUAUGUCCCCUGUAGUCCUGGUUAUGCCCCACAACAUGUAACAGACUCAGGUACACCUUUUUUUUAAAGUUUCACAAACCUAAGAGAUGUACAAUUUUGGCUAUACGAUAAUCUCUAAAGAAGCAGAUUAUUUGUAAAAAUUACUCUUUUACUGGUGUGAAUUUGAGAUUAUUGCAUUACGCACAAAUUGUAUUUCCUGAUGUUCAAAUAAAGACUUUUCUGGUGUUUUUCA